GAAGAACUUCUACUUUAAGAUGUGGUUGUACUUGGCUCUGUUGGUUGUGCUCUGCUCGGGGCCAACUCUGUUGGAUGCGGUUGAACUCCGCAGGAAGAUAUGGCAAUCACGCAUUGUGAAUGGCAAACAGAUCUGGAUUGAGGAUGCACCCUGGCAGGUGGCCCUGUUGAAUCACAGUGAACUCUCUUGUGGUGGCUCCAUCAUAAGCGAGGAUAUCAUUCUAACAGCUGCUCAAUGCUUGAUUAAUACUACCGCUGAACAGUUGACGGUGCGCGCUGGUUCCUCCAGGUGGAAUUCUGGUGGCCAGCUUGUGAAGGUCUCCGAUUUUAUUAUCCACCAACACUUUGGCGAGGAGACCCAUGAAAAUGAUAUUGCAUUAUUGCGAUUGGCUCGACCGCUUCGACUUGGAGGUGUGGCCCAAGCGAUUCAAAUCGCCAAAGAGUAUCCGGCAAAUGGAGCCGAUGCUUUUGUUUCGGGCUGGGGUGCUUCCAAAUACAACAGAGAUUGUGGGUGUCGAAGUCAAUUGCGGGGCGUAUGGUUAAAAAUAAUUGAUCGUACAACCUGUGCCCAGUCCAAGUAUUCGAUGGUUGGCUGGGCAAUCACCAAGGACAUGAUCUGUGCCAGCGAUCAGGGCAAGGCUGCAUGCGGCAGAGAUGCUGGCGGCCCUUUGGUCUCCAACAACGAACUGGUUGGCAUUGUUUCCUGGGGUGAGGGUUGUGCCAAGCCCGGAUUUCCGGGUGUCUACGCCAAUGUUGCAUAUUUCGCAUAUUGGCUUCAAAAUGCAAUUGAUGAGCUUCAUAACAAUCACCAUCAAUCACACUACACAACCCAUAGCACAACGUAUGCAACCUAAUUUAAUGAAUGUGCAUACAAUUUCUUGGAUUAUAUUCUAUAUCCUGUAAAAAAUGAAAUGUAUACAAAAUUUAAACUGAAGCUAAACGAAAAUAUACAACUGAAGGAGCAAUCAAA